CAGAGUGAACAACAGAGGAGAAGGAGAGAGAUGUGUGAUAGAAAUAUAAAGAAAAAGGGAAAGAGUAAAGAACAUUCCUUUACAAAAAUCUGAACCUGAAACCAGGAACUCAGUUCACUCAACAAAAAGUGAGGUUGUGCUGCUAGACUCUACCUUCUUUGGAGUUCCUGGUGGGAAACUCACAUAAGGGAGGUGAAAGUUCCAGGGUCAGACGUAGCGGCAGCGUGUGAGAAUGUUGGUGGGGAAUCUUCUUUUUCUCAUCCUGGGAAUCACUGCAGCCACUGUUGUUUCUGCUCAAGGAUCAUGGAGAAGAGACAACAGAGACUCAACCCCUGCUGUGUACCCCUCUGAUGACCACCAUGAGUGGACCACAUGGUUCAAUGUUGAUCACCCCGGAGGUCGCGGAGACUAUGAGCAGCUGGAGGCCAUUCGCUUCUACUACCGUGCGCGAGUGUGUGAGACUCCCAGAGCAAUCGAGGCCAGAACCACUGAAUGGGUCCCAGCUCGUGAAACUGGGGAGACUGUCCAUGCAGACCCCACUGUGGGCUUCUGGUGCCUCAAUGAGGAGCAGGGUCCUGAACGCAACUGUUCCAACUACGCAGUCCGUUUCCUCUGUCCCAAAGAUAACACUGUGAACAUUCAGAGUAACUGGGGUCCAUGGUCAGACUGGAGCCUAUGCCCUGCACUCUGUGGUCAGGUGGGAGUCCAACUGCGCUCUAGAAACUGCCAAUCUCGCUCUAUGCCUUGUAGUAGACCUCAAGUGGAAAGGAAAGCAUGCAAUGGACCGGAGUGCCCAAAAACAGAUUGCUCCCUGCACUGUGUAAUGGGGAAGGUGAACGCUGAGUGUGAUGUAUGCAUGUGUGAAGAACACAUCCUGCUGGGUUCUGUUCGUGGUGCUGGGGGUCUCAAAGCUGAAGGGGCUACUAUCCUGCGUUCUGGCAAACUCCUCACCCUUACCGACCACAACGGCCAUUUCCGCAUCCCUGGUAUCUGCCCUGAUGGCAACAACACCCUGACAGUCAGCCUGAAGGGUCACGCCACCCAUAGCAUUGUUGUGCCCCACAGUGCUGAACAUAUCUCUGUCCUCAGUGUCCAGCUGAAAAGAACAGAGAAGCUUUAUGUGUUGAGCAACCCUGAGAGCAAGGCCAGGAGAGAGGGACAAACUGCUGCUUUCUGCUGCAAAGUGGCAGGAACACCACAACCGGACAAGUACCAAUGGUUUCAUAACAACAGUCUCCUGGAGAAGCAGUUUGAGAGCAUCUUGGUCCUAAAAAAUCUGCGUACUGAGCAGACUGGAGAGUAUUACUGCAGAGCAACUGGUCCCUCUGGGGCUAUUAAGACCAAACCAGCUACACUGAAAGUCUUAGGUAGAGAUGAACAUUCAUGUAAUCCCAAGCCUGAAUCCCAUUUUAUCCGUCUUCCACAUGACUGCUACCAAAACAGCACAGACUCCUUCUACUACGAUGUGGGCAAGUGCGCCUCAAGCUCAUGUGCUGGACAGCUGGACAAUGGCAUUAGGUGCAAAGACAAAAUGGCUUACUGCUGUGGUGUCAAAAAGAUGGAGGAGAGGCAGCUUACAUGCCAGAGCUACCAACUGCCCACCAUGGUGGUGACUGAGUGUGGCUGCCAGAAAUGUGUGGAAACCAAGGCCACUGUGCAUGGUAGGGCCAUUGCUGCCGACAAUGGUGAGCCAAUGAGAUUUGGCCAUGUCUUUAUGAAUGGAGUCCGAAUCAGCCGCACAGGCUACAAAGGUACAUUCUCCAUCCAGGUUCCUCCAGAUACAAAUAGACUAGUCCUGACUUUUGUGGACAACUUGCAGAAAUUUGUCAACACCACGAAGGUACUUCCAUUUAAUACCAAAGGAGGUGCUGUUUACCAUGAGAUCAAACUUCUAAGAAAGAAAGACCCUGUGACCAUCAGCUCUACAGAAAUCAACACUCUGGAGCUUGGGGAAGUAGAAGGCCAGGAGGCAAUGGUUCAAAUCCAGAUUCCUCCUUAUGCCUUUUAUACAGAAAAAGGAGAAGUCUUCACUGGUAACGUAAAUGCUAGCGUAACGUUCCUUGACCCCAGAGAUGUAUCCACAGCUGAUGCAGCUCAAAGUGAUCUCAACUUUGUAGGAGAUGAAGGUGAUACCUUGCCACUGAGAACCUACGGGAUGUUCUCAGUUGACUUUAGGGGUGAGGAAAACAAUGAGCCCCUAAACGCAGGUGAAGUUAAGGUGUUCCUGGAUUCUGCCCAAGUGAAGAUGUCUGAGCACCUCAACACCAUGAAGCUGUGGUCACUGAACCCUGAUACCGGCCUGUGGGAGGAGGAAGGAAGUCUACAUGUGGAGAAGAGAAGAAGAGGUAAAAGGGAGGAGAGAACCUUUCUCAUUGGUAACAUGGAGAUCAGAGAGAGACGUCUUUUUAACCUGGACGUCCCAGAGAACCGCAGGUGUUAUGUGAAAGUUAGGGCCUUUCGCGGUGAACGCUUCAUGCCCAGUGAGCAAGUGGAAGGAGUUGUGGUGAGUCUUAUAAACAUGGAGCCCACAGCUGGCUACUCCACUAACCCACGUGCCUGGGGUCGGUUUGAUAGCGUCAUCACUGGCCCCAAUGGUGCCUGUCUUCCUGCCUUCUGCGAUGAACAAAAAGCUGAUGCUUACUCUGCCUAUGUCAUGGCUAACCUUGGAGGAGAGGAGCUGGAGGCUGUCUCUUCUGCUCCCAAACUCAAUCCCAAUCUCAUUGGAGUGCCCCAGCCUUACCUGGGAAAGCUUAACUACAGGCGGACUGACCAUGAGGACCCAAGAGUGAAGAAGACUGCAUUCAGCAUCAAUGCUGCAAAACCAAGUCCCAACACAGCUGAGGAAAGCAAUGGACCAGUGUACGCAUUUGAAAAGUUGAAAGAAUGUGAGGAGGCCCCUUUCAGUGCGGCACACUUUCGUUUCUCAAGAGUAGAAGGAGACCGCUACGAUUACAACACCGUGUCUUUUAAUGAAGAUGACCCAAUGAGCUGGACAGAGGACUACCUGAGCUGGUGGCCCAAACCCAUGGAAUACCGGGCCUGCUACAUCAAAGUCAAAAUCAACGGCCCACAUGAGAUCAAUGUGCGCUCCCGCAACAUGGGUGGCACCCACCCAAAGACGGUAGGACAGCUGUAUGGCCUCCGGGACUCUCGCAGCAUCCGUGACAAGGACCAGGCAACAAUUUCAGCUGUGUGCCUUGAGUUCAAGUGCAGUGGGAUGCUGUAUGAUCAGGAACGUGUAGAUCGGACCUUGCUGAAGGUGAUUCCACAAGGAAGCUGUAAGAGAGAUCAGGUCAAUACAAUGCUUCAGGAGUAUCUGGUCAACCAUCUGCCCCUAGCUGUAAACAACGACACCAAUGAGUUUACCAUGCUAGCACCUCUUGACCCUCUGGGUCACAACUAUGGAAUUUAUACAGUGACAGACCAGGAUCCCCGCACAGCCAAAGAGAUUGCGCUUGGACGUUGCUUUGAUGGCACUUCUGAUGGUACGUCUCGUGUUAUGAAGAGCAACGAGGGCAUCGCGCUGACGUUCACCUGUGGAGAUCGUGAGGCGACACGCCAGAGUGCCUUCCAGGCCCUGCAAAGUUCUCAAGGUCAGACCAUAACAAGCGUGGUGAGAGAAGGCAGGCAGAACCGUCGUCGGCAGAGGGCCAAUGCACCCCGCAGCAGCCAUAGACGUAGCACCAGAAAUCCUUCAGGAAGACGCGCAAAAGCCGCUAUCUAAACACUGAAGGCAGUAUGUGGUGACGAAAUCAACACCUGCGAUGGAGAUCAGAAUGGAUAGGGUUAACCUUGUUUUGAUAAACAUUUUAUCGACCUUUCUUUAAAAAUAAAUGAAUAUGUAACUAUACAAAGCUAGACCUAUUUCUAAUAAGACAAAUAUUUGAAUUGUUUUUCUGUUUUACCUUAAAUUUGUAACUGUACUGUGGUAAAUAUUUACUUGAAACUGUAAAUAGAGUAUUUAUUACACAUGCCUUAAAUUUGUUAUCAGGGUGCUAUUGCAUUUAUGUUUUUCAUUGAUGUUGUAAACAAGAACAGAAACACAACUCAUCCAUUUGACCAGUGAUUUAUUAAAUUAGAUGCUUAUAAAACACUGCAGAUGCUGUAUCUUCCACAUUGUGUGUAUCCAACUGUAAAUGUAACAUUGAAACUGGUCAAUUGCUCAUGAAGAAAAGGAGAAAUAAGCCCCUUUCCACUAACUGUAGCCCAUAUGAAGACAUGGUGGGGUAAGGCCCAUAAGCCCCCGCUCCUCAUCACACUUGAUACAAGCCUGCAGAAGCAAUGAUUAGGAGACCAGUUCUAGCAAGUUAACCCACUUGUCUGAUCCAUACAUUUUCUGCAUUAGUAGAAAUCAAAUUAGUAAAUUUUAUUUGUCAUGCACAAAAAAUACCUAUAAUUUAUUAAGUACUCUUUGCUCCAUAUUUUCAAGGAUAUUCCAGACAUCUCAAGAGAAUAACUGAGGUUGUACAUGUAUUAUUCUUGACCAUCCCUUUUUUAUCUUACAGUGAAUGUCAUGUGCUCUCUGUAAAAUUACUUUCUUACAUGUUGUGUUAGUCUCAAAAUCACCAAGAAGGCAACUUUUCCAGAGAUAAAGAUUUAAAGAAUUGUUCUGAAUAUGGCAAUCAAAGUUAUAGAUACUAUAUACUUUCCUGUAAGAUAACUAUCGACAGGUAAGCGAGAACAAUAAUAUACAUGACCAUAUGGUUAAAUAAUUUGCAUAGAACCGUGUGUUUCUAUGUCACUUUACUUUAACUGCAAUACUGUGUCUGCCAUUUUGACAGGA